AUUUUGUAUUUCCGGGGUAAGGGGCACGCGCACUCCCUACCUGCACCACUAUUGGCUCCUUGGCAUGUCGAUCACCGGCCGGGACUCAGAGAUCUUCAGUGGAGCUGACAGGGGAGGGGUAUGUACACAAUACAGAUCUCUCCCCUGUGAGCAUGAACAGGCAGCUUUGUGUUGCUCUGCACAGCACAGCAAUACAAAGCAGCUUGUGUACACAGUAAAAAUACACACAGCAUACAGCUAACCCUUUGAUUGCCCCAGAUGUUAACCCUUUCCUGCCCAGUGCCAUUAGUGCAGUGUCAGUGCUUUUUAUUAGCACUGAUCACUGUAUUAGUGUCACUGGGGAUGUCAGUGGCAGUUAG